UUUUUUUUCGUUUUUCCUCUCCUUUUUCUUCAAAAAUUGUUCAUCAAUUUGCUUAUUUAUGAUGAUAUUUGAAAAUGCUUGUUUCUCUAGUUUUUUGUUCAAAGCCUUUUAUCACACCACGACCUAAAAGUGACACUAGUUUGAAAAAUUUUUGGAGUACUUUUCAAAACUAUUGUCCGAACACUGAGCAGCUACUUGCAUAAUAACGGGCUAUUCUUGUUUGUAAGUUGUAAACAAUUGGUUUUUCUAGCUUUUUUCUAACUUAUCAAGUGUAACCAAUAAUUUAUGCGUUUUCUAGAUAAAAUAGACUUGGACUUUUAUACCAUUUGAUCAAUGUUUUUUGUAAGUUUCCAAUCAUAUAAUUAACGUGUUUGUGUUCACUCGGUCUACCACAAAAGAGAUUGAUGAACGCUAGUGGAUUUAUAAAAUACAAAAAUAUGUACAGCGCUCAAACUAUUGAGCUGAAAAAGAAAGCAGACUUGAGUUAUCAACUAUUCCAAUUUUUGAUCUAAUUACGAUUUCAUAUUGUCUUCACUCAAAACAGAACGCAUGAUCAUAGCAUGGUUUGUUCUGUUCCAAGCGUUUUUGGUGAUCGUAGUGUUUGUAUCUGACAGAACUAUGAAAUCCCACAUUGAAGAUUCAAACAUAAAAACAUUGGAAAAAAUCAGAAGAUCAAUUCCUCUAAAGUUCUAGGAAACCAAAAGUAGCUAUUUUGGACUAAUAACGCUUUAUUGCUCAGACCACCAAAACAGGGAGAUUUUUUUGAUGUCAAGAAAUUUUGGUCAGAAAAUAGACAUUUUUCGCUCCAUUGCGAAUUGUCAGCAAAAAUGCGAAUUACCUACUAUUGCGAAUUAUUUACCCUUUCAUUACCCACAAGUUGGCCUUAAAAAAUUUCUUGGACACGCUUGUUAAAAUUUGAUGUUCGUAUCUACUCUUCAUACCUCUCAGUUGCUUCCGAAAGCAAUUUAACCAAUUUUAUGCUCGCUUUUUGAUGAACACAACUCUAAGAACCUGAGGUUUUAAUUCGGGCUAGAUGAACUCGUCAAUUAAUAUGUGCAGCAAUUUUAAAAUGUCUGGAGCAAAGCAGAAGAAAAAAUGACAUCAAAACGUGUGAUACGAUGCAACUCCGGUGCGAUCACCGAAAGUACUUCGAGUUCCAGUGUAUCUCCCCCCAACGCAACACUUAGUCGAAAAGAAUUACCCGGACGAGAAGUCAAACCUGUAAGCAAAAUCCUAGAUUUUGAUCUAAGAAAAGUUCCCUCGUACAAUGAGACUGGCAUAAAUGUGAUUGAAAACAGUAACUCAGACAAUACACAUGUAAAAGUCAAACCUAGAGCGUCUGUACGUUCUUACUCUAGUCCAGCUAGUCUGUAUUCCACUAAGGUAGCUAAAUUUGAAGUUCAAUUACAGAAGUUGACGCGAGAGCUGAUAAAGCUAGAAAUCCAAUGGCCUGGCGGAGGUAAAGUCAAGUUCAGCGACCAUGGUUCCUUGAAACAGUUUAUGGAAAGCCAGUACCCAGACUGGAAAAAUCCAGGAAAGAAAACGUCAAUACCAUGUGUGAGAAUCCCGCGAAUAAUGAUACGAAAUGAGCAGCUGAGUAAAAAACUUCAGAAACACUACAAGUCACUCCAAAAAGGCGAAAUAGGCGAGAGUAAGUUGUACAAACUGUUUGUGAACGAAGUCUCAACGGAGGAUUCGGGACUCAUCAUUCUACCAAAUGUUGACGGAAGUCACAUUUUUGAAGAAGGGGGGCCUGGUAGCGUAGAAAUUGACAUGAUAGUUGCACAUCCAACCAAAGGCAUUUUUGUGUUUAGCGUGAAAAACGAGCAGAAAGUAAAUCUUCAAAAACUGCUGUUGGAUAUGCGAAAGCACACUGAUUUCGUUCGCUACUUAUUGUGUUACAAUAGCCGCUCUGAACACCCACCUGGGAAGAACUCUAGCUUAGAGACAGUUGAUGAAGUUCCGAUUCACGCAGUCUUUUGCUACCUUCCCGGAUUCAAAUCGCCGAUUGCCAAACUUGCCGAGGACACCAGUUGGUACACUCAUCGUCACACUAAUCGGCACACUGAUCGUGUGAUUGUUUUUCAGAAGUCGCAUUUUAACGACUUCGCCUCGCAAUGGGAAAAGACAAUCCUGGAACUCCCAAUUAUGAGAAAAACUGAAAAAUUCGACACACUAGUAGCCUUUCUUGCUACCUUGAACUCCAUGGAAGGAAACAGCGCUCUGAUCCAUCACAGAUUUUCCUCGGAUGGUAUUCAAUCUAUUCAAGUGAAAACAAAUGAAAUAGAAGGUUGGCUUGAAAAGCAGCUUGAUGGAACCUUAGCAGAAGAAGAUAUCAGCUGCAAACAAGAUCUCGUAAAAGCCACAAAGACACUUUAUAAAGAAGCAGAUAGGCAAAAAACAACUGUUAUUCUUUGGACGAAAGAACAGUUGGACAUAAUUGGUAGAGUUUUCAAAAAUCUGACAAAUUCUUCAAAUGAACACAAGCCGCUGCGCUUAAAUGUUAAAGGAGCAAAAGGAUCGGGAAAAACAAUGCUUAUGGUUUUUCUAGCUCAGUUGGCUGAGCGCAUCUAUCAAAAAGGAGAAACAGGGAGUCGCGUAGUUAUAUGUGACGGAUCAGGUGGAAGAGCUCGUAUUCUGUUUUCUAAGCUUGAAAAAUUGUUGGGUGGUUCAGAUAUUGAAUUUUGGACGGAACUAGACUUACCUGAAGCGCUGGCGAAUAUGGGACGGGGCAUAAUUUUUAUUGACGAAGAUCCCUUAAUCAACAGGUCGAUGCAAAAACUGGUAAAACUUUGUUGUGACAAACACGCUCACCUGGUUAUUUUCUCCUCCGAGGAGGAAAGACUUACUAUUGAAAGACACAGCUACAAACUCACAGAAGUGGCCUUAUCACAUGCAAUGCGGUCUACAAAACAAAUGCAGACUUUUUCAAAGAAUAUUGUCAAAAACAUAAACACCGGUGACAUUCUGAAUGAAUUGAACGGUUCACCUUCUCACAAUCUAGACGGGACAAAUCCACCAGAGAUUGUUUAUGUUGAAUCGGCAGGUGGUUCUGAAACUGAGCAGUUUUUCCAAAAAUGUGUUGAAACAGUAAUGAGAUUUGCUGAAUUGUCGCAAUUUAUGUCAAGCAUUCUUGUUGUAAUCGAUUUCCUUUCACCAAGAAGCCAAAUGAAAAUCGUUUCCCUUUUGGAGACCAGAAAAGUUCCGAUGAAUUCAUUUUCUUAUAAGCUGAAACAUGGUGAGCGCAACACACAUUUACAAGUCAUUCAAUUGGAGUCAACCAAAGUGAUCAACGGAAGCGAGUUUGGAACUGUAGUUAUUUUGCUCGAAAAAAUGGUCAACUCUAGUAUCACAGAGUUUAGAAAAAGCUUUCAUAUGGCAGUGACUCGUGCAACCACCAACUUGGCCAUUGUUGCAGCUGACAAUGAUUUUUUCAGCUCUGUUCUUGAAGAAAAAGAGCUUUUGUAUGCAGUUCAAAAUUUACGCGUCAGAAAUUUUCAAGUUUUAAGUCAUCUCUCCAAGUAUAUCACGUCGUUUUUGGAAAUGUGUUGUCAACAAACCAGUAUUGCUGUGAUUAUUGGCAAUAUUCCGGAAUUGGAUUGUCUGAAGAAGCCAGAAUUGGUUGAGCCCAGACUAAAUUGGAGCUCGACUGAUGGAGUAAAACGUUACACGUUCAACGGAGACAAGACAGUUUUCGUGAUCUCGAAUAUAGCAAAAGCUUGUUCAAAGGAAGCACUAAAUUGGUGCCAAAAGCAGAACAUUUCUGUUUUCUUAGUAGUUAUUGGGAAUAAAAUGGACAUGAUUGCAGAAAAUCUGAUGCGGAUAUUAUUUAUUAAACGGCAGGUCAUAUUAUCAAAUGAUUCGUUUAUAAGUUUGACGCGCUCUUCAGAAUCCGUGGUUGACAUUAGUAGCUUCUCGAAAUGCCUCAUUCAACAGACACUCACCAAUUGUGAGAACCCACUAUCAAUGCCAUCGCCAACAGAGACCACAAUCGAGGCUGUCCAGGUCCUGUACACUUGGAAAGAUUUAAAAGGAAUGAUAGACGCAGUAGAAGAUCUUGAAGACGAUGAUAACGAGUAUGACCGGUUCGCAUUCAACACUAAAGCGUAUGAUUUUCUAUUCCGAGAGUACACUCAGUAUUUGAAAAGUGGUCACCGAGAACAAGCAGUAGCUCUAAGAAAAGAUGCUUGCGAUUUGUUGCUUACAAAUUGCAAGUUGUGCUACAAAAUCUCAUCAAUAUUUACCUCCGGAAGUCUCACUCACUGCCAGUUUUUGUUUCUCAGUGUUAUACUUGCAAAAUUUUCGAUAUUUUUCAACACAAAAUCUUUUAUGGGUUAUAAAACGCUCAUUGAAGUGUGUACGACUUCAAUUCAAAAAUUAGAGCACCAAAAAUUACGCUAUGGGAGUGAAAUUAGUGAAACAGGGAAUCGUGACCAGAUUCCGAACGAUUUGAUCUCUAGGGAUCGUUUGAAUGUUGGACAAGUAUAUUUAAUUAAGCCAAACUAUCGAAAUCUAGAGCGACUGAAAUCAAUAGGAAAGUUUCACCUAAUUGGUAAUUACAGCUGCACGCACCAGAGAACUGAUCAGCUGAAGGAGGCGUUCACAGAAAUAUUCACCGUGGAGUCACAAAUCCAGAAAUUCACAAGCGAAAUAGAAACGCUUUUGACAGAUUAUCGAAACAACUUGUACGUAGAGACAGUAUCUGUUCUGGCAGAGAAGCGGUCACAGAUAACCGAAAAAUGCCUUGAAGCUGCCCACUAUUGCUCAUCGACUUCACUUCCAGUUAACUUAUUCUGUUGGGAAGCUGCCAAUUUUGCAAUCAAUGGAAUGUAUAUAAAUCCCUACAACACAGAUUGUUGUGAUAUUUUGAUCACAUUGUUUCAAAGAGAGAUAGGUCUGGUGAAAGAAAAGAAACAGCAAUAUUUGAACUCAGAUGAAGAAAUUGUUUUAAUGCAAUUAGUUGAGAGAGACAUUGACGCAAUUCUUUCAAUUGAAAAAUAUUUAGGACCGCUGUAGUUUAAUUUUUAGAGCCAAUUUUCUGAUCAAAACCAAUAAACGAACCAAAAUUACCUCUAUAAAAUCUUGUGUAAGCAAAAAAUUUGAAUUGUUUCCAAGUGAUAAAUUCACUCCGUAUUACUUUGCACAAAAUUUUUAGCAGUUCAUAGUUAUGUAAU